CCAAAACUCUUGGGACCUGUCGUGUACAUUAUGUCAGCUGUCAAUGACACCAAACUCAACUCUGCAAUGUUCCUUCUCACCGGAAUACCUGGGCAGGAAGAGGUCCAUCUCUGGAUCUCUAUCCCCUUCUGCUUCAUUUAUGUUUUUUCAAUAUUGGGAAAUUCAACCAUUCUCUUCAUUAUAAAAACAGAUCCAAGCCUCCAUGAACCCAUGUACAUUUUCCUUUCCAUGUUGGCCGUCACAGAUCUUGGCUUAUCGAUAUCCACCAUACCGACAAUACUGGGUAUAUACUUGUUUAACUCUAGGGAGAUCAGCCUUGAUGCCUGUUUUGCCCAGCUGUUCUUCAUCCAUUCAUUUGCAAUGAUUGAAUCCUCCAUACUCUUGCUCAUGGCAUUUGACCGCUUUGUUGCGAUCUCUAACCCACUGAGAUAUGCUUCCAUCUUAACCCUGCCGAGAAUAUUCAAGAUGGGACUGGUAUGUGUGCUAAGAGGGGUGGCGGUAUCAUUCCCAUUCCCCUUUCUCCUGAAACGGUUCCAAUACUGUCGAGUCAAUGUCCUCUUCCAUUCCUACUGCCUGCAUCAGGAUGUCAUGAAGCUGGCUUGUUCGGAUAUCACAGUCAACUACAUCUAUGGAUUGUUUCUUACCAUUUCCACGGAUGGGUUAGAUUCACUGCUCAUCUUCCUCUCUUAUGUGAUGAUCCUCAAAACGGUGCUGAGUGUUGCAUCCCACACGGAGUGCUUCAGGGCCCUGAACACCUGCGUCUCCCACCUCUGUGCCAUCCUGCUCUUCUACACACCAGAUAUCGGCUUGGCUUUGACACACAGAUUGGGGAAGGGCUCUUUUCCCUUACUACAGAUUGUCCUGGGAUACAUCUACCUGCUUCUCCCGCCCCUGAUGAACCCAAUUGUGUACAGUGUGAAAAGCAAACACCUUCGUGGGAGGAUAAUCAGAGUGUUCGUCAAGUGA